AUGCCCCUGCCCCGCAGGGAAAGGGGAUCCCGCCUAGCCGGCUCCUGCGUGGCGAGCACUAGUCCUGCGGGCCGCGGGACCCCGUUGUCGAGCCACGCGCAACGCCUCACCCGGCGGCGCCAUUCCUCCUAGCAGGUCCCACCAGAGCCCGAGACACAAGCGGACUUCCGCGCGGGAAAGUGGCUCCAAGAGUGCACCGGAGGGGACGCCAGGGAUUCGCGGCAGACCCCGCGUGCUAGAAUGGGCUCUAGGCAUCGGAUCUGUAGUCGGGAAGAAGUAGUGAUCCCUUGUGCUUCUGACAAUGAUUCAGGAAGUGUGGAUUUGCAGCUGAGCAACUUAGAGAUAUUUUAAAAAGGCCCAGGUAGCCUUGAACUUACAGACUCGGACAUCUCAGAUAUCCCUGGACUCCCUCGGGAAUCCCUCACAGACACCUUCAGACACCUGACCCACCGGGGCCCCCUCGGUGAAGUCAUUGCUGAGAGGCUGAUUCAAUCCAUCCUGGAGUUUUUUAAUGGUGAACUAAAGAGUGAACUUGAGAAGCCAUCAUUCCUAAGAUCUUUGUCUUCUCUCAGCCGAACUUUACCUUAUGAUGACUUAGAAAAGCACCUGCGUGAAAAGGCCCUGAGAUCAAUGUGGAAGGCUCAAGUGUCCCCACAGUCCUAGGCGGAAAUGUUUGUUAUGAUGUAAAUUUUAUUUGGUUUGUAUGCAAUUCAGUUUCAAAAUUGCUAAAAAUGUGUUUGAGCUUUAGACUAUAACAUUUGUUGUAAUAAUUGCUAGGUUGAAGUUCACCAUGUAAAAAAAAAGGGCAUGGAUUUACAUUGCAAAAGGUGUCCACAGUGUAUUAGUGACAUUCUUUCAUUGACAGCUGACAUAAAUUCAUUUAGAGUGAAAUAUUCUAAGCCAAAAAAAAAAAAAAUCCCCUUUUUAAAAAAGGGGGUUUAACUAUUGUUGGCAUUCUUAUGGUUC